AUGUCCAGCACGGAGGUGACGUUCAACCGUAACGAGCAGCUGGGCUCCUUUCUGCUCAGUAUGGUGGUCUCGGCCGUUAUGUAUGGGAUUACAACUUUUAAAGUGUAUGUCUUCUUUAAGCAAGACGAUGACAGACGGAAGGAUUCAAAAGCACUUCAGGGGUUUGCUUCAGGCACAUCUUUGUACAUGAUCGCUGUCGCUAAGUGUAGGGACUUACGCAGGCUCCUGGACAGGCUCCAGCAAGCAUUCGUCGCGCAAGGCAUUUAUUUUUACCUAGUCACAUGCUUUGACGAUUCCUCCAUCCUCCUGCAUGCGACAUGGGAUCAUAUGUCCCAGGUAUUUGUUACAGCUAUCAUAAACCUUCUAUGCCAAGGAUACAUCGAUUUUCUCCUUUAUUUUUACUCGAGACAUAUUCGCCCCAUUUGUAGUUUCCUCAUACGGCGUAUCUGGGCUCUUACUCCGCCAGAGAGGAAAAGGAUCGCAGCACGCGUCGUCUGCGUCAUAAUGACUUCGAGGGAUCAUUCCCGUAACGGUUUCGAUGAUGAUGAUUGGCGUGAUUUUCUUCCAAGUUACCGAUAUGUCUGA